AUGGAAACAUUGGAACAGCUUGAGGACGGGGAAAUCACAAUGUUAUGGAUAGUUGGUACGCUGGCCUUGUACUUCAUAGCGACGCUGCGGUACAAUGACCCCGUGUACGGCAUGCAGUUCGGAGCGAAUCUUUUUGGUUUGGUGCUACGAUUCGGCAUUGCGACCGUGAGCGUAACUGCCACGUGUGUGAGUAGUGACGCCGUGUCUGGAACAGCACGGCGAACAGUGAUGGUGCUGUUGCGGUUGCAAGAUGGAGUUCAUCGGCUGCAUCGUCCGUCGACGUCGGUGGCGAGGUCGUUUGGACUGUCGGUGACGACAACGUCCCUAAUGAGGACGACGACAACUGUCACGAUCUGCGAUUUUCUGCGGCAGGCAGAGUUAGCACCGUUCAGGACCAUGUUCCAUUACCCUGAAGCACGAAGAGAUGAAACCGCCGUAGAAAACUUUUUUGGAACAACAGUAACAGAUCCAUACCGUUGGCUGGAGGAUCUAGAUUCACCUGAAACAGCUCGAUUUGUCGAAGAACAGAACGCAAUCACUAAACCUUACCUCGAGAGCUGUCCGGUACGAUCUCACAUCAAAAAUCGCUUGACGCAAUUAUGGAACUACCCUAAAUAUUCGUGCCCUUAUCGCCACGGCAACAAAUACUAUUUUUACCAAAAUACAGGGCUUCAAAACCAUAAUGUCAUGUAUAUGCAAGACACUCUCUAUUCUGAACCACAAGUUUUUUUAGAUCCAAAUACUUUCUCCAAAGAUGGAACUGUGUCACUUUCAAGAACUCGUUUUUCUGAUAAUGGGAAUAUAUUAUCAUAUGGGGUGAGUCGCAGUGGAUCGGAUUGGUUUACCAUUAGAUUUAAGGAGGUAUCUACAGGAAAAGUAUUCCCGGAAGAACUGAAAUACGUAAAAUAUUCUAGAAUGACGUGGACACACGACAAUAAAGGUAUUUUCUAUGCCAAAUAUCCAGGAAAAAUUAAAAAGCCUGAUGGAACAGAAGUGCUGUGUAACGAACAUCAAAAGUUGUUCUAUCAUAGAGUGGGGACCUCACAAGAUAAAGAUGUUAUGUGCGUGGAAUUUCCUCAUGAACCAUUGUGGAGGAUUGGCGCUGAAGUAAGCGACUGCGGUCGAUGGCUUGUAGUUACUCCUCAACAAGAUUGCAGUCUAAAUAUGAUUUUAGUUUGCGAUUUGCAUAAUUUACCGAACGGUCAAAUUACAGGACCUUUGAAUUUGUAUCAUGUAGUUGGCAAAAUGGAAGCAGACUACGAGUAUAUUACCAACGAUGGUGCAGAUCUCAUAUUCCGAACCAGUAGAGGAGCACCUAAUUACCGAUUAAUCAAAAUCAACAUUCUGAAUCCUGCCCCUGAGAAUUGGAAGGCAUUAAUACAAGGUCACCCCAGAAACGUCUUAGAUUGGGCGGCACCAAUACGCAAUGACAAACUUGUUCUCUGUUAUAUUUAUGAUGUAAAAAGCAUGCUGCAAUUGUGCGACAUGCGAACAGGACAAUGGCUGUACACGUUUCCCCUGGACGUCGGAACAAUCACAGGCUUCUCUGGCAAAAAGAAAAAUACUGAAAUGUUCUAUCAAUUCACAUCUUUCUUGAAUCCGGGCAUCAUAUAUCAUUGCGAUCUUACACAGAACACGUUCCAACCAACGGUUUAUCGGGAAAUAACGUUAAAGGACUUCAAUCCUACAGCAUACGAGACUCAGCAGGUAGUUUACACAAGCUGGGAUGGUACCGGUGUGCCAAUGUUUAUAGUGUACAGAAGAGGUAUAAUACUUAACAAAACCCGACCGUGCCUUUUGUACGGUUACGGGGGUUUCAACGUGAGCAUUCAACCUACGUUUUGUGUGGUUCGUCUGGUGUUCAUGCAACACUUCGACGGCGUUUUGGCCAUCCCCAACAUACGAGGCGGCGGCGAGUAUGGGGAAGCCUGGCAUAAUGCAGGUCGCUUGUACUUCAAACAGAACACCUUCAACGAUUUUCACGCAGCGGCCGAAUUCUUGGUUGCGCAGGGCUACACUUGCAAAGAGAAACUAAUAAUCCAAGGAGGUUCCAACGGAGGGUUGCUGAUCGCCGCGUGCAUCAACCAACGCCCAGAUCUGUACGGGGCCGCGCUUUGCCAAGUAGGCGUUCUAGACAUGCUUCGUUACCACAAGUUCACGAUCGGUCACGCCUGGGUGUCUGAUUACGGGAAUCCCGAAGAUCCGAGGGAAUUUCCGUUUCUGUUCGCUUAUUCUCCUCUGCACAACAUUCGACCUCCCGACGAACAAAGGGUGCAGUAUCCUCCCACUUUGUUGUUGACCGCGGAUCACGACGACCGGGUCAUGCCUUUGCAUUCGCUGAAAUUUAUCGCCGCCUUGCAGCACGCGGUGUGUGCAGCCCAUGACAAUGGGGGAAGUGUACAUUACUUCUGUGCCUCCUUUCAAUUAAUAUUUUUUUUUAAUUGGCCGCUGGCCGGGGGCUGCCUGCUGGGCGGUCUGGUGCUGGUGGCGCUGCUGCAGGCUGGCGUGGUGGUGCGCCUGGCGUCGCUCGCGCUGGCGCAUCUGCCCGCGCACUACAGCUGCUCAUCCUGGCGGAGACCUUCCGCGGGCAGCUGCGCGGCGGGGACGGACGCCCCGACCUCGAGGCGCUCUUAA